AUGGCGUACAAAAUUGCGUAUUUCUCGAUUCGGAAACCCGACGAUUUUCUUCUGAAAAGCGAAGACGAUUAUUAUGACGACGGAGACUACGAUCCGAACGAGUACCCCAAUAACGGUGUGACCCGUGCCCGUGUGAACGAAAACAUCGCCUACGCGGCUCUCGGAGUGACAAUUCUCGUGUGCGUCUUCGUUCUGGGACUCCUCUGCUUCAUGCUCAAAACAAAGUAUAUGAAGAAUGCGACUGGGUACGAUGAAUCUCGGAGGGGGAAAUCGUGGUCCCGGAUGUUUGAAAAAGAAUCUGAUCAACCACAAGAAGCCAAACGACCGAGUUCGAUGCUCUUGAGUUUUGGAAGGUCUAUGCCUUCUCUACCGACUGCCCCGAGCCAUUGCGAUCUGUACGACGACACAAUGUCGUGUUCGAAUCUCAGCACAGGUCUCACCGGAUUCCAAGAAUUACCCGUCCUGCUGACUCACACCCGAAGAAACCGGAACAGGAUGAACCCCGAGUUGAGCUUCGCGAUCGCUUCAGCAAAAUCGAGAGCGAAUCUAUCGGAGAAGAAUGCAACCUCGAGCGUGGACGGUAGGGUCCCUCUCGCUGAAGACGAAGCCGAUUUCCAUGAUAGUCCCUAUGAAGUUGUUCUCGACAUAAAAACUCCUCUAUGAAGAAUGAGCUCCGCACGGGGACCCCGAAAUGAGCUCAUCGGGACUUUCCCUUUUCCAAUAUGAUGCCGAACCCGGGCUCGGCUGUUUCCGUCCCAGAUUUCCGCUGAACCAACAGGCAUCUGGAAAUCCGUUUGAGUAAGGCGAGGCUAUGUGUAGAUAAAUACAGUGUUUAGGAGCUUCGGAAGAUUUGAAGUGCAAUAAUCUUAGAAGAGAAUAAAUGAUUCAUAUGUUUGGAACAU